AUGGCUAGCACUCCGAGCGACGAAUCCCCACAGGGCUUAAUGACUGAGGCUGCCAAUGAUGGGGGGAGAAGCUCGGUGCUCGGUGGUAUGCUAGCUGCUUACGAUUCACUUCCCGAGGCGAAGCGACCGCCACCGAACAAAGUGACUGAAGUGGUAGAGGCCUUAUAUUCGUUGCUAUUUCUCCAGGCCGGCAUCGUACAUCCAGACUUGAAGGAGGCCGAACGGGAGAAGGCCGGGUAUAUUCUCAGGGACCAUCGCGCCCUCCUCGACGCUUACCUCUCGUUGCAAAAUCAAACACCUUCUGUGGCCUAUGAGCCAGGUGCCGCACCGGUAUAUCGCCUUCCUCUCGAGCUCAUCGCGCGUAUAUUCGUGCUUUUCGCCGAAUGGUCUCCCGACGAGCUCACACCGUACGCCUCGCCAAUCGCGCUCACCCAAGUGUGUCGCUCGUGGAGAACUCUUGCUGAGAAUACGCCGCAGCUAUGGGCUAGGAUGCCCAUGAAACACGGUCUGGAAUGGACGCGGCGUGCCCUCCAAUGCUCGCAGAACGCUUCGCUCGACGUCAGCAUCCAUCCGUGCCGGGUCAAGAACGUCAACAACUAUCAAGAAGCCUUGCGUUCUACGCUUGAACAGCUGCCGCGUAUUAGUAGCCUGGAGGUUGUGAUGAGCUAUGGCGAAGACGUGCGGCUACUCUUGGAAGUUCAGGACCUUUUACGCUCGAAACCCGCGUCGAAGUUGGUGAAGCUGGAGUAUGACGGAUCGGCCUUCGAAAGCCCGAACGACCUAGAUAGAAGGCUAUUCGCUGGUGCUUGCCCGGGUCAAUUGCGCAUCGCAAAGCUUCGCGAAACCGUCAUACGACUGAGCUGCCCGAUCUUUCACUCCCCUUUAACGACGCUAUCUCUCAAGGAGUGCUCUGUCUGGGAAUCAGUGGACGAGAUGAUGCGCACGCUCAAAGGGCUUCCGUCGCUGGAGCACUUCAAAUGGAUCAUGAACGAGGAAGUGCCGGUCCAGAUCGACCCGCGGGAGCGCGUUGAUUCAAAGCCACGCUCUGUGCAACUUUCUCAACUACAGACGCUCGAACUCCAGGACGAACUCCCCCUCCUUUUAAACAUCUUCGCUUGUCUGGAAGUCCCGCCGUCUACUUCCAUUCUCAUCCAUGGCCAAAUCGAAUCCGUCAUAUGGGGAGGAUCACUCGAUGACACGCUCGUUCACCUUGACAACGCCUUUGGGACGCACCUUUCCGCCGCUCUCGGCGAUGAGAGCUUCAAGACCCUAUCCAUAGUGGAUUUCGCAGGAAGUAACGACCAAGGUUACAGUGCUGUAUUCGAGGAGCCUUCUGCACCCCAGUGUCCACAACGCUUCAUGCUGGGCUUCUGUUUCCUCUCCGACUACGUCGACGAAUUCACGCGACUGCUAGCAGGCAUGCUAUCUUGGGGCCCCUGCUCGCGCGCCAUCCACCAGAUCAACAUACGUUACGAUCUUGAGUUCCUGCGAUGCGCGGACACGUGGAAGGUCCUCCUCGAGCGACUACCUUUGGUGGAGGAAAUCCAGGUUCUUGCCAGAUCUGGGACUGCUCUUCUCUCUUACCUCACGGAACACCUGGAGUGUGCGCCGGCUUUGAGAAGAGUUGUCAUCCGCGAGGCCAAGGGACUUGCGGAGAUGGAUAUCAAUGAAGUUGUCAAGUCGCUCGACGCCCGUUCAGCUGCCGGGCUUCCGAAACUCUCCCUGUCGAUGAUCAAUUGUGAUAUCACCGAGGACCAAGUCGUAGCACUGGAGGAAUGUGCAAGUAUCGAAAAGGUGUUUUGCUAUCCGCGCGUCACCAAGGAGUUGAUCGAUGCGGCGAAGCGAUUCGGCUUCGAGGUCCCUCUCACUUCCCAGCUGACUCUUGCUUCUGGGGGAGGAAUCAUCACGCCAUGA